AGUCUCCUGACGGUGAUGCUGGGAGGUGUAGGAUGUGAUGCUAAGGCAGAUGGAAGAUUUAUAGUCUACGGUUUCUCUCGGAGAGUCCGGACCACCUGUCACUUCUCUCCGCUCUGAGGACAAACUAACACAAAGAGGAGAAAAGAGGCAGAGACGCGCGUAAAUUCUCUGUGCGUCUUCGCCGCGCCAUGUCUCACCCACUCCUCUGACCGCCAACUGCCUCUUCCUUCUUGGAUGAACUUUCUCGCCGCCUGCGGGGACGCGGCUGCUCGCACUGAGAUCAUGAAGACGACGCGGAAAUGUCGCGCGUUGCUGUCGGUGGGUCUGAACCUGGUGGCCCUGUUCUUCUCCACCACCGCCUUUAUCACCACGUACUGGUGCGAGGGCACCCAGCGCGUCCCCAAGCCCAACUGCAGCAAGCAGCGGCGCCACAAUUGCAUCGACUACGGCGUGAACGAGACGGACCAGAACAAGGUGCACUACAGCUGGGAGACCGGGGACGACCGCUUCCUCUUCCGCCGCUUCCACACCGGCAUCUGGUACUCCUGCGAGGAGAACAUCCACGAAGCAGGUGAGAAGUGUCGGAGCUUCAUUGAUCUGGCCCCAGCGUCGGAGAGAGGUGUGUUGUGGUUGUCAGUGGUGUCGGAGGUGCUCUACAUCCUGCUGCUGGUGGUCGGCUUCAGUCUGAUGUGUCUCGAGCUUUUCCACUCCAGCAACGUCAUCGAUGGACUCAAACUCAACGCCUUUGCCGCCGUCUUUACCGUGCUGUCCGGUCUUCUGGGUAUGGUGGCCCACAUGAUGUACACUCAGGUGUUCCAGAUCACAGUCAGUCUGGGUCCUGAAGACUGGAGGCCUCACAGCUGGGACUACGGCUGGUCCUUCUGCAUGGCCUGGGGUUCCUUCACUUGCUGCAUGGCUGCCUCCGUCACCACCCUCAACUCCUACACCAAGACGGUGAUCGAGUUCAGACACAAACGCAAGCUGUUUGAGCAGGGCCUGCGCGAGGAGCAGAACUACCUGGACCAGGAAGCUUUCCACUACUUCCGGGACCGAUCCCUCCAGUCUAUCUCCAGCACCGUUGAGGUCUACCCUGGCCACGGUGGGACCAGAGCUGGGCUCGUCGUAGGGGGCCCGGGUCCAGGUCCAGGACCAGGGCCAGGUCCCGGUCCUGGACGAGGCAAGAUGAGAGCUACGUCAGCCUCUAUAGACCUGGGGGAGAACACAGACUCACUGGGGGAGGAGCAGUGCUGAGCCAUCGAUGGGAAAGUGAGGGUUAUGUGGGAUAAUGGGGCAAACUGCUACUUUAGGUCUGAACUGGCCACAGGUUCUGCCACUGAACACAAAAGCACAGCAGCCCUUGUUUUCUGUUUGAAGAAGAAUAGUAACUUGACGAGAAGAGAUGGAGGCAGUGAAAUCUAUUAACAUGUUAAAUGAAAAUCAAUAUAAAGUGUGAAAAACAGACUGUAAGAUCUUUGACUUCGUGGAUUAAGAUUUUUUGUGGAAAGCAGGUGUUCUCCAGGAUAUUUAAGGUGCUAUGUGUAGUAUUUAACAUCUGUAUUAAUUUUGAUAUAUUAAUAAGCCACUAUGGCCUAAAAUGGCAAUUACGAAAUAAUGGUGUAUACUGAAGAGUAGCGUAACAGUAGCACAACUAGAGUACCGUUAUAAUGUCAGUGUCACAGGAAUAUCUAUAAACGUUGCUAACAUUAGCUACUAUCAGCUACAAGUCAUAAUAGACUAAGUGAUGCUGUCACAGCAAAACAGCUGAGGGUACUGAGCUGAGCUGACAACAGAAGGAAUAUGUUAUAUUUAUUUCUUAGAUAUAUUUUAGACUGUGAAGAUUACAACUACAAAGAAUGAUGACAUUUAAAGAAAGCAUUGGUGGAUAUCUUGAAUAAGAGAGAUACCAACAAUUGCCAAGAAGUGUUCUGCAUGCAGGGAAACUUAAUGGGAGCUGCCGUUUAAUUGCUGAGAAAUUAAUUAUUUAACUUUGUUAAAAUCACAAAGGAGAUACGAAUAUGGGUAGUAAACCACAGGAAUGUGUCACUUUUUCUUAAAAAUCUUUGAGAGGUAAGGAGGUAGCCCAAAGUUUUCUUUUUCAAACAGCAUCUUGUGGCAUUAGAAGAACUGUGCUUAGAGGUAUUUUAUUGUGGGUUUACAGUCUUUAUCUAUUAUUGUCUCUCAUCCUUCCUCUGGUUCUUCAGAACAAACACAGAAUGAUUUAGAGGUGGGGAAACAGGGAACCGUCUGACAAACACAAAAUACUACACAUAGCCCUUUUAAACCGGCUGUGUCCGGGCCAUGCCCCAUUUAUGACGCUGAAUGUGAAAACUAGUCUUGAGAGUUAUUAUUAAAACUACAUGUCUGCUCAUUUUUCAGCUGCUUGUUCAUGACGGUGAAAACUGGAGUGCAAUGAAAAAAUGUUUGAAUGACAACGUGCUUCUUCAGUUCUCAGCUUUGUGAUGGUUUUCAUUUUUCAAUUUAGUUUCAGGAUGAGCCCUAACAAGAGCCAAAGCCUGGUUAUCUCCUAAAGGCAUGAAGAUCUGAUUCGGAUGUUAUUAGUCCAUCAAAUGACAAACAACCCCAAAGAUAUGGGUUAGAAGGGGCAUGCGACACCUAUUAUGGGGUUCUUUGGGGUCCUAUGGGUUCAAAGGCUGUUAUUAGGCCACUGAAUUGCUGUUUGCAUACAUGAAAUUGUGAAGUGUUUGCACUUUUGUUAGGUUUUACUUUCAAUUUUCACUACAUGGUUAGGUUUAGAAAAAGAUAUCCUGGUACGCCAGUUUAAAAAAACCAAAACAUCCCUGUUUAAUUGUUUGUUUGACCCAUCCACCACCUGCCCCUCCUUCCACCACAAACUUCCUUGCUUUUUAUCCUAUGUUGCUUGACUUCCUUCUUUGCUCCUGUUGUAAUUAUUAUUGCCACGACAGGUUGGCGCCUAACAGUAAACAUAAACAGCCAUUUAAUGGCCUGGUAAUGACCUUUUAAACCUCAUAGUAGUUGUGCCACGCCCCUUUUGACCUAUAUCUAUGUAUGAAGCUUAUAACCACUGAUAAUGCCUAUUUAAUGGCCUGACAACAGCCAAACCAGCUGUUGCUGUCUGUUCUCUAUAUAGUGCACUUUAUGAGUGAAAGUGUGAUAUUUGCUUUUAGCCAUUUGAUAACUAUAAAACAAUUUUAUGAUUCCUUCAGCACAAGUUCAAUACAAUUGCAGUUGGAAUCCAUUAAAAAUGAAAAAAAAAAAGUCAGCAUUGUGGUUAUGGGACUAUUUCAGUCACACUACUUACUGUAACAAUUACAACACAUUGGGGGUCAGGCAAGAAUCACAUACAAACAGAUUCACUCUAAAGUUGCCCUGUGGAGUCUUGCUCUAAACAAACACAUUUGUGAUAUAUUCAGUGUGUGUGGUGAUUGCAUAAAACAAUUGGUGUCACUACCCCAUUAGUGUUCAAAACCUUGACAGGGUACCUUUAAAUGACAAGUACAAGUGAUUUAAGAGACCCAUCCCUGCAUUUACAUUUUUCUCUUGGCCACGAGCAAAAUUUAAUAAGGGUCCCGGUCUGUGGUAUAAGUCGUGAACUUUUUAAAAAAAUAUUUAAUUGGCAUGACAACUUGCAGUUCAAUAGUUGUCAGAAAGGUUCUCACACUCCAACGGCCUCCUAAAGCUCUUUCUGCUGGUCGCUGUCCAGGUUCCUUACUUCAACAGUCCCACCUUUCAUUUUAGUCGAUGAGCGCUUCCUACUAAAGAGGAAAUGGUUUGAAUACAACUACUGUCACUGCUAAAUUUGUCCUAAUUUUGUCUGCUGACUUCCAACAGUGGGACCUGAAGCUCUGCGGCGUGAAGUUCUCCUUUUUACUCUUCAGUGACAUUUUUUGUUAAUUAAACUUUCCCACAAA